AUGUCAUCACCAUCGCAGAAUAGAGGGAUGGUACCACCUCCGGGAACAUGGCCUUCAUCUUCAAGAAGUAUAGAAAAUGAAUCAAUAAUACCCAGAAGAUCAAUCGAUCAACAACAACAACAACAGCAACGUUAUUAUCCAUCAGAAGGAUCUUCAUCAAGACGUACAUCCCAAGCAUCCAUCCACAACUCACCCACGUCAAUCUCAUCCUCAUCGAGACAUCACACGGGGAGAUACAAUGGGGAUGAUGGAUAUAAUCAACGAGGAGAAGUUCAAGUACAAGGACAAGGGGAAAGGAGAUUACCUAGAAUAACAACAUCAAAUCCGGAUGGUGAAAGUGAUGGACCAAGAUCAGCCCCCAUCACAGGUACUGGUGCUUUAAAGCCUUUAGUCAACGGAAAUGGGAAUGGAAAUGGAAAUGGAAAUGGUCAUAAUGGACCUUUGAGAUCAAGUUCAUCACCUGAUCCGUGGACAAGUCACUCUCAAAGAAGCUCACCUUCAAAUUCACCCAUUGACCAUCGAGGUAAUUUCGCUUCUGAUCUGAGUACGAAUCCGAGUCAUCUUCCGAUCAAUUUAGGCCCACCUGUGACGCAUCCUCAAUCACAUUCAAGAUCAAGUCCAAGUAGACCAGGACCACUACGGGUCUCUUCCGAUCAAUCAAGAGAUAGAGAUGCAGAAAGAACAGUAACAUCCCAGCAGUCUUCUCAUUCCCUCACUUCAAAUUCACAUACAGAUCAUACCACCACCACUUCCUCAUCCGAUCAAAAUGCUCAACCAAGUUUAGUAUGGCCACAACCUAGAACGAGAAGAGAAGGUGGAACUACUUAUUGUGGUCAAUGCGGGCAGACAGUGCACGGACAAUUCGUUAGAGCGAUGGGCAAGGUAUACCAUCUGAACUGUUUCAGAUGUAAGGACUGCAACAAGGUCGUCGCGCAGAAAUUCUUCCCAGUAGAAGAUGGCGAUGGAAUGUAUCCAUUAUGCGAGAGGGAUUAUUUCGCUAGACUAGAUCUGAUCUGUGCAAAGUGUGAUCAAGCAUUAAGAGCAAGCUACAUAACCGCAUGUGGCAACAAAUAUCAUGUCGAACACUUCACCUGCUCAGAAUGUGAUGUGCUGUUUGGUCCGAAUGAUUCGUAUUACGAACACGGAGGGAAAGUCUAUUGUCACUAUCAUUAUUCAACUCAAUUCGCCGUAAAGUGUGUAGGAUGUGAAACUGCAAUUCUGAAGCAAUUCGUGGAGAUGAACAGGAAUGGAAGAGAUGAAUGCUGGCAUCCUGAAUGUUAUAUGAUUUCGAAAUUUUGGAAUGUUCGACUCGCAUCGAAAACUUUCAAUACGCCAGCUUCAUCAGCCGUUUCAUCCACCAUAUCCCUUCUUGAGAUUCCGAACAGUGAAGCAGGGAUGACACCUGCAGAGUUGAAAGAUCGUCAAGAAGCUAUGGAAAUGAAAGUGCAACAGAUAUGGCACGUACUAUCGGGUUAUGAAGAAUCUUCAGCAGCUCUGAUAGGUGAUAUGCUAAGAGCUGUAAACGAAAGACGGUUAUUGGAUAUCAUAUUACUGGCGGAGAGAUUCAUACUGCAUGUGGAAACGCUAUUUGGUGUAAUCGAUGACUUAGAAGCUCAGUUUGCCCAAGCAGGCGCUAAGGGUAUGGCUCAUGCUCGAGAGGCAAAGCAAUUGUGUCGGAAGCUUGUCAACUUAUUCUCCACAAUGUCUCAAAUAUCGCCUUCAGGAGGUCAAGCGCCCAACAAUUCAGAAUUAUUCACUCUGAUCACUCAGCUUGCUCAUUAUCUGAAAAUCCUGAUACGCAUAGCUUUGACCGGAUCAAUCAAGCUGGAGAGAGAUUACUUCAAUAGCACCGCAAUGACUAACUUCUUGGCAAGGCUGAAUCUUUUAGCGAUGGAUAAUGGUGAUCCGACGAUGAAGCGAAGGGGAGACUUCCCGGACAAUCAUCCUACACCUAGACCGUCUAUCAAAGCGGAUGAGACUCAAGGUGGUACUGCCGCUAGUGCAGGUGAUGAAGAGCAAUUGAAACGAAGUAUAGAAGCUCUGACCAGACAUCCUCAAGGAUACAUUAGCAGUACUAGAGAUAUCGCUUAUGGUUACAGGAGUUUGGCGCCCGAGGUCACAGGUGAAACCACAUUACGUGGACCCCAAGAAGAGAAUUUUAUUCCACCCGAAGGCUGUGCUCACUGCAAAACAGCGAUUGAAGAGGAUUGCGUACGAUCGGGAAUGUUUAACAGAUGGCAUUCUGCAUGUGUGAUAUGCUUGAUUUGUGGUGAAACAUCUGUUCAACCUUUAAAAGAAGACAGUACGACGGAUGAUGGAUCAUCACAUUCACAUAACGAUGCUAUAAUACCUAUCAAUUACAAUAAGAAUCAAAGAAAAUUACCCGCCAGAGUCGAUUUCUUCUAUUAUGAACCGACCAAAAGAUUGGAAGAAAUACCUUCAACAGUCUAUUGUGGUUCACAUUCUACGAAAUCAUCGAUCAAAGGCUUCGCGUCAGUAUCGAGAUUGGAACAAUAUGCUUUCUUGUUACACAUAGCAUUAAGAAGGUUAUACGUCCAUUUUAGAAUACAUCAUGAUUUGGCAAGUGUUCGGGAUCAUGGAAUGUCAGAUAGAUCCGAACACGAAGUGAAACGAAUGAAGUCUGUUACACUUGACCGGAAGUUAUCUUCAACAGCUAGAUUACCUCAACGAUCAAUGGUAGUCGAGUCGCCAGCUGGUAGGAUGGCAGACGCCAAUGGACAAGUGGUUUCAGCUCGUGCGAUUGAACCUUCCACGCCGACAGCCACCAGUGGAGGACUAGGGCAAGAACUCACGGUCGAUGUGGAUUUGGAUCCUGAUGAUCCACCAACUUCAGCAACUGUUGAUGUACUCCGACCCCCAUUCGCAAGAAACAAUACUUCAGUAAUGAUCAUCAAUGAAAACACAGAUGAAGAAGCGAACAACCUGAAUAUGCCAAACAUCGAUCCUGAAGACGAUGCCAUCACGUUAGGUGAUAUACCAAUGUUGGCUGAUGUCACCUCUAGACAAAACUCAGGUUCAAUGUCUAAUGAGAAACCACUCUUGGGAGAAUUAAACCCUCUUCAAUCAGUCAUCUUGAAGCAUUUCGCUUUACUUCAAUUGAGUAAAACUGGUUUGGGUCAUAUAAUCGAUUUAGAUGAAGUGCUUGAACUACUUGAAGUAAGGAAAAAUCAAUGGUGGAAUAAGAUCUUUAAAGGUACCGCUAAAGACAAGCAAAAGAAGAAAGGUAUUUUCGGUGUUCCGAUCGAGAUACUUGUUGAAAGAACCGGAUCAGAUUCAUCUCAAGGUGCUUCAAACGCUCAAUUGAGAGUACCUGAGUUUAUUGAAGAUAUCAUUUCUACCAUGCGUCAAAUGGACAUGGCUGUCGAAGGUAUUUUCCGUAAAAAUGGAAACAUCCGAAAGCUUCAACAAAUAAGUGAUGCCCUUGACAAAGACUCGACCAAUGUCAAUCUCUCCGAGGAGAACGCUAUUCAAUUAGCAGCAUUGCUCAAGAGAUUCUUGAGAGAAAUGCCAGAUCCUCUUAUGACCUUUAGAUUGCAUAAAUUGUUCUGUGCCGCUGCUUCAUUGCAGAAUCCUGAAGAUCGCAAGCGAGUAUUGCACCUCUUAGUGGUCCUCCUACCGAAAUACAAUCGAGAUACGAUGGAAGUGUUAUUCGUAUUCGUCCGAUGGGUAGCUUCCUUUUCGUACAAAGAUGAAGAGACUGGAUCUCGAAUGGACAUGGCCAAUCUCGCAACUGUCAUUUGCCCUUCUAUCCUUUACGCUAAAGGAGCCAACGUCGCGCGUGAUGAAAGUUUCAUCGCCAUUCAAGCUGUACAAGAACUACUUGAAAAUCAAGACGAAUUUUACCAUGUACCGGCCGAACUUGAAUUUGUGAUCCAAGAGAAUAUUUAUUCGAUUUUCGCCAAAGAACUGGAUCUGCCACCUAAAGAGAUUCAUAGACAUUGUUCAAAAUAUAUGCAGGCUAGAGGCCAAGCUUUGUCUUCUGGGUUAGCACCACCUCAACCUCAAGGAGGACAAGGUCUGAGUCCCAACGGACCCAGGUUGAGUCCCAGCGGUGGACAACUGAAUGGUUUACCUAAUUCAAUAUCGGGAACGAUACCUUCUCAAAGUCAAGGUCAAGGCCAAUCUCAGCUUCAAGGUCAACUGAAAGAUCGGCCUUCUGAUCCUAGAUUAUCUCUUCAUAGAGAUUUAGUCGCAUCGUCAUCUGAUCCAGCUCAAUUUAGACCAACGGCUGUGCCUAUUCCCGGAAACUCCAGGCCUACUUCGUGGAUUCAACAAUCUGCAGCGAGAGGUGGGUCACAAGCUUCGCUCUCAUCACCAAGCGGCGCACCACAACCUUGGAGAGGACCAUUCCAAGGUUCAGCCAAUGGUUCCAGACAAUCUUCAAGAGGUAGCGCACCUUCGUCUCCCGGACCAGGCGAAGAAGGUAGGAGAUCAAUUGGAAUGGACAGAGAAAGAAGUUGGACUCCGACGCAUGGCACUGGAUCUAAUCAAGAAGGUGUAUCUCAUCUACAAGCCACGGCAGGUCAUAGCCAACAUCCUUUUGCACAACAACAUCGUUAG